ACUGAGCAGACUCAAUCUAGUUAACCAUGGCGGCGACAGGAGGAGGGAAAAUCAGAUCCAGAAGACACCAUAUCGCGUCAAAACCCUACGCCAAAGGCAAACAGCAGCCUGGCCUGAUCACUCGAGUGACUGAUACAGUGAAGAGUAUUGUCCCCUCCUGGCUACAGAAAUACUUCAGAAAUGGAGAAGGUCCAGAGGGCGGGGCUUCUGCAGCAGGGGUGGAACACAACAAUAUGACUCCUCCCCCCAACGGCAACGACGAAGCCCCGCUCCGAGACGGACGAGACUCUCCAGAGCCGAGCACAAGUAACACAGAACCAACUACAAGCAGAGCGUCGCUGAACUUCCAGGAAGCUCUGUCGAGACCUCCGCUCAACCGGACACACCUGCAGUUCCCCUCCCUCGACGGCUCCCCUGCGUUGGGCGGCUCCAGUUCCCUUUUCUCCCAGCCCUCCACAUCCACAGCACCCUUCUCAGGGAGCCCUUUCGCUGUGACCUCCAACUUCUCACUGGUUAAAGAGAUUAAGGAUUCCAGCUCUCAGCAUGAGGAUGACAACAUCUCCACGACCAGUGGCUUCUCAUCACGUGCAUCUGAUAAAGAUGUGCCCACGUCAAAGACUGUGCCGCUCCUCUGGUCCCCAGAGACAGAACGCACCCACUCUGGAUCACAGCCAGCCCACUCCGGGCUCAAGAAACCAGCCUUCAACCUGUCAGUCUUUGGCACUUCCUCAUCAUCUGUGUUGAACAGUUCAGUGCUGAACUCCAGUCAGUUGGGGAAUUCGCCGUUUUACCCUGGGAAGACCACAUAUGGAGGAGCUUCUGCGAUGAGAACCGCUCGCUCACGCCCAGCUACUCCUUAUCAGCCUCCUGUUAGGAGACAAAUCAAGGCAAAGCCAACCGGAGCUCAGCCCUGUGGAGUGACCAGUGCCACAGCGAGACGCAUCCUGCAGUCCCUGGAGCGCAUGUCCAGUCCUCUUGCUGAUGCAAAGAGAAUUCCAUCUACAGUUUCAUCACCUCUGUCAGCUUCACUGAAUCACACAGACCUUGACAUCUCAAAUUACCAGGCGAAGAGGAAAAGGCUGGAGCCGUCAGUUCCACCUGUUCAGAAGCUGGUGGUCCCUGCAGCUGCUGCAGUGUCUGGUAAUCGCUCAAUAUCCUUUAGACCAUCGCUCACCCCAGGUGGAGUGAACAGAGGAGUGGAAAAAACCAGCAGAGAGACUCCGGUAAGACAAUCCCCUCCGAUUUCAGAACCCGCCCAGGCUCCUCCUCCAAGCACAAGUACAUUGUCAUACCCCUUGUCCAGCACCCCAGCUGCUAACAGCGCUGGUUUAGGUGGUGGCAAAAUGAAAAGGGAAAGGGCCAUUAGACCUUCAUCCAAGCGGCCUGAUGAUGAGGUUGCUGAGGAACCAGAUCUGCCGCCUGCUUCUCUUCCCAGCAAUUUCACCUUGCCAACAUUUACUUUCUCUUCUCCUCCUCCGACCUCCUCCCUCAAAUCCAGCACAAAACCACUUAUAACAGUCUCUGAGGAACCAACAGCGAAUAAGGAGCCGGCUGCACCAUCCACACCACCAUCUGCCCCCUUCACGUUCUCUUCACCUAUCGUCAAGGCAACAGCUGCCAGCCCUCCAUCUUUCUCACCAUCAUCUGGAUUCACCUUCAGUGCACCUACUAUGAAAACGGGACCUUCUUUCUCCAAUGGAAAAAUUGUUCCUUCAGUAGCACCAGUCAAAUCAGUGGUCAGUGAAGAAAAGGAGUUUGAAGGACCAUUUAAACCUGCAAAGGUCUUAAAACAGGGCAGUGUGCUGGAUAUACUCAAGGGUCCUGGAUUUGCGUCCCCCUCUCAGAAUUCGACCGAUAAAUCUUUACAGUCCACAUCAACAACAUCUGCUCCGUUUUCUGGUUUUGGUGACAAGUUUAGGCCACCGGCAGGAUCAUGGAGCUGUGGAACUUGCAUGUUGCAAAACAAGCCCUCGGACAAAAAGUGUGUGGCUUGUCUCGCAACACAACCCAACACAGACUCUUCUAAAUCGGACAGUAAACCCGCAGAAGCUCCUGCAAGCAUCAGUUCCCUUUUUGCUCCUCCGGCCGGUAGCUGGGAAUGUGACACAUGUCUGGUCAGUAACAAACCGGAAGCAGUUAAAUGUGUAGCUUGUGACACAGCCAAACCUGGAACUGGAGUAAAAUCCAGCCUGACUCUACCGUCUGCCUCCGAGUCUUCAUCCUCUACAACCACAACAACCACUGCUGCUGCUUUCACUUCAACUGGACUGUUGGGAUUUGGGGACAAGUUUAAGAAGCCAGAAGGGGCUUGGGAUUGUGAUGUGUGCAUGGUUCAAAAUAAGGCUCAGGAUCUGAAAUGCGUAGCCUGCCUGAGCGCUAAACCAGGAGCUGCAGCUGCACCGGUCUCGACUCCGGCGUCUGCACCUGUAAGCACUGCUGCUCCUUUGUUAGGAUUUGGAGACAAGUUUAAGAAACCUGAGGGGAGCUGGGAGUGUGACGUGUGCUGUGUUCAGAAUAAAGCAGAGGACCAGCAGUGUGUGGCCUGCCUGUCAGCAAAACCAGGAGCUAAAAUAGAGUCCAAAGGUUUUAGUUCAUCUUUUGGCGUUCAGUCCAACAGCACAGACUCAAAUUCAUCUGGUUUUAAGUUUGGUACGGGCUCUUCAGACUCCUCUUCCUCUGCUGGACUAAAAUUUGGAGGCACUUUCUCAGAUUCAUCCUCCACAGGAGGAAUUAAAUUUGGAUUUGGGUUGUCAUCCUCAAGUUCAGAGGGCUUCAAAUUUGGAGGCUCGUCCUCAGAUGCAGCUUCUGGUGGUGCUAAACUUGCUAGCACCUUGUCAGAAUCCACAGCCACGAAAGAGAGUUCAACGAAGAGCUUCACGUUCGGUGGAUCUACAGAUGACACGCUCGAAAAAAAGAGUAAAACUCAGGAGUCUAAUACAGGAUUUAAAUUUGGUGGUGGGAGUGGGAUGGCUUCUGGCUCUGAAAACUCUUCGUUUUUAUUUGGAGCUAAACCCAGUGAGAAAGGAGGCUCAAAUCCAUCUUUUAGUUUCCCUGUGCCUCAGUCCAAGGCUGAAAAAGAUGCUCCCGCUCCCUCAGAGACCGUUUCAAACACCACCACCACAACAGCAGCGAACGCACUCCCUGUGUUUGGCAAAUCUUUAGUAGCAGAAUCUUCUGUCCCAAAGUUUGGGGAACCGGCAACAAAAGAGCAAACGUUGGUGACGUCUACUUUUACCUUUGGAAAGCCAGAAGAGAAAAAGGACACCUCGGCACCCUCCAGUACGUUCUUAUUUGGUUCCUCCAAGGAAGCUGAGAAACCGACACCAAACUUAGGCUUUGCUUUCAGUGAGCCAGACCCUCCAAAGGAUUUGCCCAAGCCUGCUCUUACAUUUGGGAAACCUGCCGAGUCAACAGAACCCCCAAAGCCAUCUUUUGCUUUUGGACAGAGUUUAACAGAAACUUCUGCUCCAAAGCCCUCUUUUGGCUUCAUGGCCAACUCCACCUCCAGCACCCCAGCUUCCUCCAGCUCCACCCCCAGCCUUUUCGGCACUCCCACCACCUCUUCCCUGGCUCCCACGCCUGCUCCCUCCAGUACCUUUGUGUUUGGCCAGAAUUCCUCUUCUGAACUAAAUGUGGGAAAGACUUUCGUGUUCGGACAGCAGCAGCAGGACAGUCAGCCGGCUCCCCCUGCGGCCCCUUCUGCUGCACCUGCUGCCCCAGCACAGCCUUUCCAGUUUGGCUCGGGCUCAAACUCAUCCACCCCUUCUUUCACAUUUGGUGCUGCUGCGUCCUCCACCCCUGCCUCUGCCGCUCCAGCUCCGUCUGCAAACCCGUCCCCAUUCGUCUUCAGUUCUGCUGCUCCUUCAUCUGGCUUUGGUUCCGGACAGACCCCCAUUUUCGGGCAAAGUGCAUCUCAGCCCAGUGCUCCUGCGUUCGGAUCAGCAGCGCCUUCGUUUUCGACGUCCGCUACCCCGGCUUCUACAUUCGGAGCCAAACCCAGUUCUGCCCCUGUUUUCGGUCAGCAAGCCAACGCUGCACCGACGUUUGGGUCGACUGCUGCCUCCACAGGACAAGGAGGGUUCCAGUUUGGAAGCACUGGUGGUUUUGGAGCAUCGGCGACCAGUAAUAGUGUAUUUAACUUCGGUGGAGGAUCAGCAGCUCCUGCCGCCAGUCCAGCCAUGCCUGCAUUAAACCCUCCUGCUGGUGGAGGCUUCAGCUUUGGCCAGACCCCUGCUUUUAACAUCGGGUCCGCAAAGAGUUCCUUCACCGCCUCACCGGCUGGACAGAAUUCAAUCGCAGGACGCAAAAUCAAAACGGCUGUUCGACGCAGGAAGUAAACCUUGCGAUGGAUCCGAGCGCAGACUAUUGGGACAAACACUGAAGUACUUAGUAUUUUGAGCAUGGCGCUGUGAUGAACUCGUAGCGCCAGCAGAUCUGUUUUUUUGCUAUGGAGGUCGUUGACAAACUGAAUGGCGAACACUGGCCCAAAACAAAGACUGAAAGAUGCAAAAUAACAUUACAAUCAAGCAAGAACCUUUUAAACGGGACAGUAACCUUUGCAGCAUCUGCAUCGUGUGCAGGGUUUGCGUUUAUUUUCCUCUUAUUUUGUAAGUAAAUAAAACAAACGAGAAUUUAAUGAUGCUCUGAAGACAAAGUAUCGACGGGUUGAGAGAGAGAGAGAGAGAGAGACACAUGGGUGUGCUGUUUCCAUGUACUAAAUAACCCGUGUGUGUGUGUGUGUGCGUGUGUGCGUGUGUGUGUGUGUGUUUUUCCCCAGUGUGUGUGUGGUUUUUGUACGUGCCGAAUUGUGUUUGAUGUAAAAGCAUAGACUGAGUGCUGUCUGAUGUGAGAAGCAAAAUGAAUGUCAUAAGGAGGUGGUGAAGCUGAGGGCCGUGAGCCUCCGCUGCAGAGAUUUUUUGCAGGCAAGGAAAAGUCCUGAAUUCUUCUUCUCUCUGUAAAUGCAUCGUUCUGAAUCUGUUCAUGUUCAUCUUGUACAUUUUAUUUCCUCCUCAUUUUCGUCUAGCCUCUCAAUUUGAUACCGACCUUUCUCUCUUUGGCUUUUUGUUCUGUCCUUCAUCCCUUGCGCUUCUGAAUCAAAUAAUUGGCCUUUGAAAUAUUAUUAAAAAUUGUAAAUAGUAUUUUUUUUUUUAAUCUGUGAAGUUUUGUGUGUUUGAACCAGCUUCUUCUCUUUAUUUCUCGUUCAGUGUUCUGUCUUUUUAGAAAUUAUGUAAAGCCCUUAAUUCAAAGUUGCCCAAAUCCAUUUAAAAGUAAACUUAAAUGCAAAUUGGGGAUCCUUUGAAGAGUAAAGGAAUAUUGGCUUUUCUGAUCCACUUUUGUUUGGACCAAAACCAGUAUUGUAAAAAGUGUUAAGUAUAUAUUUUUCUAUGACUUGUUUAAAUGGACUUAGGGUGACUUUGGAUAAUAAGGACGUCUGCUUAAUUUUAAAGCCAUGAUAAUUAUUACUGGCUGAGUGAUAAAUAAAACCAUGGGUAAUUGCUAUCAAUAAAA